ACAGGAAGUAUUUAAAGACUGAACUGUCAGUGAUGUGAGCCACUACUUUACAGCAGCUCAGCUGGACUCUGAUCUCACCAUGUUUCUCCACUGUGAGCUGCUAAUACUGAUACUUGUGCUGACUCUUCAUGGUCAAGUUCAUACAGGGGAAAUCAUUGGAGGUCACGAGGCCGAGCCACAUAGCCGGCCUUACAUGGUGCUUUUGGAGGGGCGCACGCAGGAUGGUGAAUUGACACACUGCGGCGGCUUCCUUCUGAACGAGGAUUUUGUGAUGACUGCAGCCCACUGCAAAGCCAAUUACACGGCCUUACUGGGACUUCACAAUGCCCGAAACAGAGCUGAAAUACAGAAUAUAUCUGUGGAAAAAAAAUAUCCACAUGAAGACUAUAAUGAAGAUGAUCAUAAAGGUGACAUAAUGCUUCUCAAGUUGAGCUCCAAAGCAAAAUUCAGCAAAGAUGUGAAACCCAUUGCUCUCACAGACCAAGGUGAUGGCUCUCUGCCGACAAACUGUGCAGUCUCCGGCUGGGGAAGAUUAGACCAGAACUCAAUAUAUAUGUCUGACGUACUCAUGGAAGUCAACGUAACAUUAGUUGACAGUGAGCAGUGUGCUCAGGACAACGUGUACUGCUCUGAGGUAGAGACUGGACCGGGUGAGGGAGACUCUGGUGGUCCACUGGUCUGUGGAGAUGGAAAGGCGUACGGGGUGGUGUCCUUACUCCAUCAAGAGAUGCCAGAUGCCUCGAAAAGAUAUCAUUAUACUAAGAUUCCUGACUACAGACGCUGGAUCGAUUCGAUUAGUGGGGUACGGUGUCCCCGGUGUCCCCCAAGGGUCUGUAACACUGUCAGGAGGUCCGCGAAAUAAUUUGCUAUAAAUAAUAAAAUUGUGCUCUAUCUUUAAAAAGUGCAUAUCUACAGAUGGGGACCCCACGACCAAAACAAGCAUACUUUAUCCAUUACUCCCACUUACAUUAGCUUUGGGCGAAUAGAAACGCUGAUAUGAUUGUGACACGCAGCAAUAAG